GACUUGAGACCCCAGUCGUUUUUGAUGAAGUGGGUGGGCAAUGCCAUAAGCAGGGGUGGGGCUAUAAAUCUGAGGAUAAGAACACAGAUAUUUCCUACGUCCAACUUACAGAAGAAGAACUGGUGACUUCUAAGAAGAUCUUUGGAUACAUAUGGCGUGACGGAGUGACGUUCGAGAUCGUGGAGGUGUAUUUUGGACUGAAUGAGGAGGAUUCCAAACUAGCAGCUGAAAAUAAAUGGAAACAUCUUGUCCACGACAAGGAUAAAGGCUGUACAGAUAGGAAACUUUUCAACAAGGGGUAUUUCUUCGAUUCAAACGAGGCGUUCGAGGUCACAGGGAUGGUGGCAACAUCAAAGUGGGUCGCAGGGCAACUGAAAUGGUUUACACGUAACGAAACAGGAUCUAUCUGUUCCGUAAAGCCUAAGGAAUGUUAUGAGUGGCUCGCUAAAUAUUUGGAACAACUCCGAGCCGCCUUACGGUCAGUUAAUGACCUUUGGCUUGGACCAGCCGUAAAUGUUCAGUUGGACGACAAGGAGGAGCUAAUUAUGGCAAGACGACAGUUGGAGAAAGUUAGGGACGAGAUGUGUGAGAUGGAAAUCGGGUAUAACGAUAAGCUUUCAAUCCUAACGGCGGAGAAUUGCAAAUUGCGACUGCGUUUACAAUCCUGGAAGAAGAAGCAACAACAGGCCAAAAACGUGAACCGUUUACUUCUGGUGCAGAGAGGACGAAAAAGUUCGAAUGCAGACGUUCCGUGCUUUAUUCCUGUGACCUUUAAGGUGGAUGUAGAGGGAAACUUGGAUCAACAGAAUGAGCCCAACUUCGACAUGUUCAGGGAGGAGCUGGCGCAAAAUGAAGAGUUAAGCAGUGAUGAUGACGACGACGGCGUCGAGUAUGCUAGAGUCCCUAGAGUUUCAGAUCUCAUCAACGUUGUCACCAAAGUGCUUGACCGUUCGGAAUCCUCAACCAAAACUAUUACUAAUGGUGCUAAUCCAAAUCAUGAGACUGACCGGUGUGAUGAAAAGACUGAACCUAACCGAAAAGUGUUCGUCGUUAAACUAUGUGAUUAAUCGUUUGUCAUUCUUAUAUAUUAUUAAAUGAACUUUUUCGGUGCUAUUAUAUCUAAAUGUUAUAAAUUUAUGAACUAGUUAUCAUAAUAAAACAAGCAUUGUUGGAUUAAUUAUCUAUAA